CUUUUCAUAUUAAAUGAAGUCAAGAGCUAUCCUCGUAGUAAGAUAUGGGAAAAGCUACUCUUCUAGCUGUGCUCAAAGUAUUGAUGAUAUUGAUAUGUGCUGGUUGGAUCUCCCUAUGGCUUCUAAAGCCAACACAGCUGUGGACAAAGAAAUGGCGUGAAGCUGAAGAUAGCGCUAGGCCUACUGUAUUUGGAUAUUAUGGUCUUAAUUUUGCUGUUUAUACAUUUCCUGUUGUUGCUUUGGCUAUUAUCGGAUCCGUGUUCUUGCAUUUGAUACCCAGAGAGCCAAGAAGCAGACAAGGCAGGAGUUCAGCCUCUUUUCUCUCCAAUCCACUUCUUGUGAACACCAUUGUGGGUGUUAUAUCCAGCAUCGAGAUUCUGAUUGUCUCCCUGUUUAUCGUAUUUCUAGCAUGGACUUUUUAUGCCCGUAUCUCAAAUGAUCUCAAGAAGUUGAUGCCUAUCAAAUCCCUGAAACUAGAUAUAUGGCAACUCAAGUAUCUAAGAGUGGCAACUCGGUUUGGUUUGCUAGCAGAGGCUUGCCUGGCUUUGCUUCUUCUUCCUGUCUUAAGGAGUCUAUCCAUAUUUCGGUUUCUUGGCAUCCAGUUUGAAGCCUCAGUGAGAUACCAUAUUUGGCUUGGAACUGCAAUGAUAUUUUUUGCCACUGUCCAUGGUGGAAGCACCUUGUUUGUCUGGGGCAUCAGCCACAACAUUCAGAAUGAGAUGUGGAAAUGGCAGAGAACAGGUCGGAUAUAUCUUGCUGGUGAGACUGCUCUUGUUACAGGAUUGGUGAUAUGGAUCACAUCACUUCCUCAAAUAAGGAGGAAAAAGUUUGAAUUGUUCUACUACACGCACCAUUUGUACAUAAUCUUCCUUAUUUUCUUCUUGUUUCAUGCUGGUGAUCGUCACUUCUAUAUGGUUUUUGGUGGGAUAUUUCUCUUUGGCCUUGACAAGUUGCUCCGAAUCAUACAAUCAAGACCACAAUCAAGCAUUCUUUCAGCACGAGUGUUCCCCAGCAAAGCUAUUGAACUUAUUCUGCCUAAGGAUCCAAGCUUGAAGUAUACCCCAACAAGUAUAUUAUUUAUGAAGAUACCAAGUGUUUCAAAAUUUCAAUGGCACUCUUUCAGUAUUACUUCUAGUUCUAGUGUUGAUGAUCACACACUGUCUCUCAUGGUUAAAUGUGAAGGGGAGUGGACAAAUUCACUCUACCACAUGAUUCAUGAAGAGCUAGAUUCACAUGCUGAUGAGACGAGAUGCAUACCUAUAGCAAUUGAAGGUCCAUAUGGACCGGCAUCAAUGGACUUCCUAAGAUAUGACAGUCUGCUUCUGGUAGCCGGUGGAAUUGGGAUAACCCCAUUUCUGAGCAUUUUGCAGGAAAUUUAUUCGGCUCAAAACAGCAGCAAAUAUAAACUCCCCUCUAAAAUACAGCUUAUAUAUGCUGUAAAAUCAUCCCAAGACAUUUGCCUGUUAAACUCGAUUUCUCAUUUACUCUUGAGCCAAUCACAUGAAAAAUGGAAUCUGAAGCUAAAAGCAUUUGUGACCCAAGAAGAGCAGUCUGGUGUCACCGUAAGAGAGCUACUAAAUGAUUUAUCUCUUGUUAGAAGUGUUGGCUUCAGUACAAAAUCAAAUUAUGCAGUGCAUGGAAUUGAAAGUUCACUUUGGAUGGCUGGACUGAUUGGAAUUUGCUCUAGCGUGUUCCUUAUUUUUCUUAUUUGUCUCAAUCACAUCUUUGUUCAUUCUGAAAAGAAGGGUGUUGCUGCUGAGAAGUUGGCUGUUCGCUCUAAAGAGAAGGUCCCUAAAGAAGAGACUCCAUCUUGGGUUGCUGAUCUGAUUAUAUUAUUUUCUUUCAUAAUAGCUAUAACAUGUAGCACCUUGGUGGCAAUUAUAUUAAGAUGGAGGAGACUGAAGAAAGAGAUUCCACCUGUCUCCCCAAAACAAAGCAAAGGCAUGGCAACAAUGAGUCCUUUUGAGGAACAUGAAAUUCAUUUUGAAGGAAGACCUAAUUUCGAAGAAAUAUUCUCCAAGUUUGAAACUGGAGGAUUAGACAUUGGAGUCUUGGUGUGUGGACCGGUAACAAUGAAAGAUUCAGUAGCAUUGAUGUGCCAGCAGAAGUCACAUUGUCUCAAGGCAACUGCCAAGAAGAAUCCAUACUUCAAUUUCCACUCCCUCAACUUCACACUCUAGUCUCAUCAUCAAAUGUUGUUAUACUCCCAACUUCACCCCAGAUGAUUGUAAUAUAGACUGUCUAAAUCAGUUUGUUUUAUGUAUUGUAUUAUGUCAGUCAUUAAGGUAAUUGUAGUUAAAACCAUUAUCAUUUCAGUGUGAAAAGACAAUAGGAGUUCAAUAAAGUAAAAAAUCAGCAUCAA